AAAUAAAAACUGUACAAGGGCGGAUAUCAUAGAGUGAAUGUCGCAGCUGCGACUAGAUUUUGAAGUGGUGGGAACAUUUGGGCGAGAAUGAAACGGAAAGAUUUCGGACAUUGGUGGUAAGAGUAAAAGGAUCGGAAGAAAAGGAAGUUGAAGAAGCGAAAAAGACAGAGAGAAUCAACAGGAGGGAAAGGGCGCGUUCGAUGAGAGAAGGAGAAUAAAGUGUAGAGAGAGGGAGCACGACCCUAGUAUCGAGGCGGACCAAGCUAACGACAACCAGUGUGGAAGGGACAGAGAAAUAGAGAGAGAGAGAGAAAGACGCCGCUUUUCGUUCUUCACUAAAAUCGUUCUUUCGGUCAAUCAUCAUGUCCAGCGAGUUUCUCGGAAAGCGUUACAAGCUCGCUAGCAGCGAGAACUUUGACGACUUUAUGAAAGCUCUCGGAGUGGGUAUGGUAACGCGAAAAAUGGGUGCGACAGUUAGUCCUACCGUCGAACUAACGGAAAAAGAUGGAGUGUAUACUCUGAAGACGACUAGCACUUUUAAAAACACCGAAAUUAAAUUUAAGCUCGGGGAGGAGUUUGACGAGGAGACUGCAGACGGCAGGAAAGUAAAGAGCGUGUGCACUCUGGAAGGUAACAAACUCGUCCAAAUGCAAAAGGGUGACAAAAACACUACGAUCGAGAGGGAAUUCGGACCUACAGAAAUGAAAGCAGUCAUGAAAGUUGAUGACAUAGUCUGCACAAGAAUUUAUAAGCUUCAGGAAUAGAAGUUCCAAACUUGAAUACUUGAAGGAGCACAAUGUAUGUGUGUUCAUCUUGAAGCACUCUAAAAACGUGUAAAUUGUAUUGCUUGUAACGUUGUUUAAACGCAAAUGAGGUAUAUAUCUAUGCGUUAAUGCAUAAUAUUGGACGUGUUUACGAUUUAUUAUAUGCUCUGAAGAAAUGUAAUUGACAAAAUUACUCACACAAUAGUUUUUCUACGAAGUCAAGAAACACGAUUACGAAUCUCAAGUCAAGUUUAUUAUAUUUUAAAUAUAAUAUGUGAUGCAUGCGUUAUAAAAUUGCGUUAUAAUAUAUAUAUACAAGGUGUCCCAGAAUUGGUGUGACAUCUCUCGUAGGUAGGUAGAAAGAGUAAAACUG